AACGAGAUUGAGAGGAUAUUAGGUAGGGAGGAGAAGAAUCUUGUCCAAGCUUCCGGGCCGGCUUUUCAACUUGUCAUUCAAAAGAGGAACCGUCGGUGAAGCAUAAAAUGGCAAUCCAGUUCAAUUUCUCUAUUGGAGAAGAAACUCCAUAUCUCUCUCUCUAUCAUCAUCUUCUUCAGCUUCUCAAUUCUUCUUCACUGUCACUCAGAUUUCGUUUUACAGCUUCAAACUAGGUAAAAGAUACGAUGGACAGUUUUUCUCAAUCAGUUGAGGCUGGUUUAAAUCUCUCUUACCGUAUAUACUACGGAAAAGAGAGGUCGAUAGUUCCACCUAAUUCGGAAGAGAUGGAAAGAUCAAAGGAUUACUUUCCUAAGUCGCCAAUGGUAUACGCUGUUAUAUCGGAACCGGCAAUAGUUGAUAAUCCAGACGUUCCAAGCUACCAGCCGUACGUUUACGGCCGCUGCGAACCGCCGGCGUUUAUUCCGCUCCAUAUGCACGCGAUUUCAAUGGAGGUUGACUGUUAUCUGGAUACAGCUUUUGUCACCGUCAGUGGGACAUGGCAUGUUCACUGUGUUAUGGCCAGUAAAAGCUGUGAAUGUCGCGUUGCUAUACCAAUGGGUGAACAGGGAUCAAUCCUAGGUGUUGAGGUUGAUGUCAGCAAACGAGCAUUCCACACCGAACUGAUCACUGUGGAAGAUGAAAACAUAGUCAAAGCUAAAGACGGGGUCUUACUGAAAGGAUAUGUAUACACUUUGAAAAUACCUAAGGUUGAUGGCGGUGCCACUAUUAAUGUUAAAAUGACUUGGUCACAAAAAGUAUUAUAUCGGGACAACGAAUUUUUCCUCGAUUUACCAUUUAGUUUUCCAGCAUAUGUCAGACCUGUUGGGAGAAAAAUCACUAAAAGAGAGAAAAUUGUAUUAAAUGUAAACACUGGAAUUGCUGCUGAGGUGGUAUGCAGAUCUAGUAGUCAUCCUCUCAAGGAAGUAUGGAGAGAAGUUGGGAAGCUUGGAUUUCUAUAUGAGGCAGAAGUACCAACAUGGUCCACCAGAAAUCUUAGUUUCUCAUACACUAUUACUUCAGGUGAGAUAUUUGGUGAAUUACUUUUUCAGUCAGCAUCUGCUCACGACAUUGAUCAAAGGGACAUGUUUUGUCUAUAUCUUGUUCCUGGGAAUUUACAUGAUACAAAGGUUUUCACAAGGGAAGUGGUUUUCGUUGUUGAUAUCAGUGGAAGUAUGAUUGGGGGGGCUCUUGAUAAUGUGAAACAUACCUUACGCGGAGCUCUUAUGCAUCUCGAUGAAGUAGAUUCUUUUAACAUAAUAGGAUUUAAUGGAGAGACAAAAUUAUUCUCAACAUGUAUGGUGCUUGCAAAUAGAGAUGCAAUUGAAAGUGCUUUGCAGUGGAUGGAUGCUAAACUUACUGCGGAUGGUGGCACAAACAUUUUGCUUCCACUUAAUCAGGCAUUAGAAAUGGUGGGAAAAACUAGCCAUUCAUUGCCCAUCAUUUUUCUUAUCACUGAUGGGACUGUUGAAGAUGAAAGACACAUUUGUACUUCUAUUAGAAGUAACCUCACUAGCAAAUCAGUUUCUCCCCAAAUUUGUACCUUUGGGAUAGGAAUGUACUGCAAUCACUAUUUCCUGCAAAUGUUGGCACAUAUAGGAAAGGGCUUUUAUGAUGCUGCAUUUGAUGUAGAUUCAAUUAAUCAUCGGCUGGAAAGGCUGUUAUAUAUCGCUUCAUCAAUAGUUCUUGCAAAUAUAACAAUCCAAAGUUUGGACCACCUUGAUUCACUUGAGUUGUAUCCAAAUGAUAUUCCGGACCUAUCAUCUAGGUCUCCUCUAAUUGUAUCAGGUAGAUACAACGGAAAACUUCCAGAAUCUGUGAAAGUUAGCGGAACAUUACCAGAUAUGAGCACGUGUGUGGUUGAUUUGAAAAUACAAAAAGUAAAAGACAUGCCUCUAGACAGGGUAGUUGCAAGGAGGCAGAUUGAUAUUCUAACAGCUUACUCAUGGUUAUCAGAGAGUAAACAGCUAGAGCAAAAGAUUGCACAAUUGAGCAUUCAAACAGGGUUUCCAUCAGAAUUUUCCCGCAUGAUCCUAGUUCAAACUGAAAAAUCAAAGACUUCAUCUGAUUUAAUUCCAUAUGAAGAGAAAACGUGCGAGGCGAAUAACCGGAAGAUAAUGCUCCGAAGCCUAGGUAUUGGUUUUGGUAACCUAGUAGCAACUCUAGAGAACCAUGUAGUAGCAAUGGAAGAGACUCGACUGCACGAGACCUCAGAUAAAUUAACGAAGGCUGCAGCUCAUUGUUGUAGUGUGGUUCUAGACCGAAUAUGUUGCAUGUGCUUAUUACAAGCUUGUUCCCGGAUGAACGAUAGAUUUGCAAUUGCCUUAACACAGCUUUGCGGUGCCUUUGCCUGCGUCGGUUGCAUUGAAUGUUGUUGUGAUCUAUGCGUCUCUUGUGACUAAAACACAUUUUUCUUUCCUUAUUAUUAAUAUUGGCUUUUCACUUAUUGUGUUGUAAUAUGUUGUUACUACUUUGAAUAAAAGUUCAAACAUCU